AUGGACCAAGCCAGUGGGUCACCGUCAAGCAACUGCCGUUGCUCUCACCAAGGCAAGGCUCCUUUACUAAUAAGUAGUUCCAAAGUCUGCCAGGGUCCAUCCAUCUUUCUAUCCAUUCAAUGUUGCCAUCUAUCCUCUCUCACACGAUCAAAGGCUCCUCAACCCCACAAAGUGCCCACUCCGGCGAACGGGUCUGCAAGUGCUCCAUCCGACUCCAUCGACAUUCGAUCAACUCAAACCCGCCAAACGUCAUGCCAUGACGCCCAUCAGCCCCGAUCAUCAGGCAACAUGCAUGCCAAAGCACAGUUCAACCAUCCACCUCGAUCCGUGUCCCCAGAUUACGUAGUCAAACAUCAAGGUCAAUCGCUGGCUGUGCUCGUACAGACCAAACCUUUAGCACUCUUUCUUCAUUACACGCCCCAUAGUGACAAUGCAAUCCUCAAUCCAUCACCACUCCAAGGAAGCCACUCCCAAACACUCCCAACUCCCUCAUCCAUUCUUCAUCCAAUGACGCUGACAAACAAAAACCCUUUCCUUUUCCCUCACAAUCCAAUCCAUCGCAACACCCACUAG